UAAAUUAUCAAAAUUCAAAAAUGCAAAAGUGGAUGACCUCUAUUUUGAAAUCUCUGAAGGUAAUAAAGAAAAUCUUGAGGACGAGUUUCAAUUUAAUGAGCUCGUGGAUCGGAUUGAAGAAAAAGAGAAAAGACGAGUUCUUCCCAACCUUAAAGUCCAAAUUAAAGAUAAAAAACCUUAUAAUGAAUGGGACAUCAGAGAUAUAUUCACAAAUGUUUUGCAUCGAGAUUAUAAUGGAUCACUUGGCCAAGCAUUUAAUUUAGAUGAACUCCCAAAUUAUAAUUCAAUUACCAUAGAGGAGAUGAAAUUCUUUGUUGAAGAGAUCAAAAAAAUGAUGAAAGUAUUCAAAAAUAAUAUCAAUGUUAAUGAAGCAACUGUUCGGGAAUAUAUAUCUAUUUUCAUGAAAACUGUAGUUAAUCACAUUCAAACGUUUACGAACAAUUCAGCACAAUUAUACGUAGAAGCUAAUCUUUAUGGAUCUAAAGGGUAUGGUUCCAUUGACUAUUUAGUGAAACUUGACGAUUUUGUGGUGCUAGUCAAUGAGGCCAAAUCGGAAGAUUUAACUAAGGGAAUAGCCCAAAACAUUAUGCAAUUGUACAGUGCAUCAGAG